ACGGCAAGGUGGAAGAGUCCGACCGGCGACGAUCUACAGAGGCGACGACGGGGAGCGAUCUGGGAACCUCGAACCAGCGAGCUCCGACCGUCCGACGAUGUCUGGCCAAAAUCCGAGCGACAGCGCUCUAUCCAACGGCGAGUUCCGGCAGCGACGCCGGUGACCGACCACAGUGGACCAGCGACGAUUUCUGCCGGAAUCCCCCUGUCCAGCGACCUCUGUUCCGGCGAAGUCCACCAGCUCCGGCAGAGUAACAGCCAGCAACGAUAUGACAGAUCCGGGCGGGCUUGGGCAGUGACGGGCUUGCUUGGGCAACGAUACCGGACUGUGCGUGACGCCGUCUACCCUCUCCGUUUGGGAGUUUCUCUCUACAGGAACUGCAGUGCUGGCCAGUGUUCACGUAACACGGUUCACAGAGUAUCCUAAACUACUGCUUCCUCCGUGAUUUUGUUGUGUUUUUUGUGCAAAAUUUGGAUCUCCAGGAUCGACUUCAAUAGAGGAUUCCAUUUUUGAGUUUAUCUUUUCUGAUUUGGGAAUGGAUUUUGCUGAAAUUGGGUACAAACUUAAAAAAAAAGAGACUUGUGGUGAACAAGAUUGUUAGAGGAUGACACCUUUUCUGGUCACUUGAGAAGCUUCUUUAGUACGGUGUGGGAUUCAUUUAUGUAUCUAUUUGGUCAGUCAUAUGUGUCCUCUGUCGGUGCUAUGUCAUUGUUAGUUGCAAAGUAUGUUUUGUGCCAUCAAAGGUAUCUCGUAAAAAGCGAGUGAUUAUUGGGAUUCUUCAUGUCUCUGCCCAGCAUUGAUCCUCACAAUCUUGUUGGAACUUGGUGUUGAGACAUGUAUUAGGCAUAAUCUACUCGGCACAUUAGGUUAGUGAGAUUUUGACUGCAUUCUUUUGUUUAUUUUCAUAUUUCAUUGACAGUUAGAAAGAACAUAGGACUAAUGUACAUAGGAAUGUUAUGUUGUUUGGUGCAUGGGUUAUCAUACCCUAUAUGAAUGGUACCGAUCAGCCGAGAGUGAGCAUUUCCCAGAUCCUACUGGUCUUAAAGAACGUUUAGAGCGAUGGACAUUUGGCCUUUAUCCAGCCUGCAUCAAGUAUCUCAUGUCUGCAUUUGAUGUGCCUGAGGUAAUAGCGGUGACGAGGAACAACAUAUGCAAGAAUGGGAUGGAAUCACUGUCGCGUGGGAUUGCUGCAAUAUAUUAUGCGUUUGUGUGUGAAAGAGGUGUUUGAAGUACAACUAAGUUUAGUUAUCACAUUCAUGCAAUUUAAUUUUUUUAAUACUAGGUUCAUUGCAACCAAUUACUAGGUCGAUCCAGAAGAGCGAGACUUUCAUGAAGUUGAUAAAGGUUAUUGAUAUGAAUCAGUUACUACAUUGGGGAUGACAUGUAUGAGACAAUGAUUGAAUUUGCAAGGCAUUUCAUGAAGUAUCAUGCAACUUGAACAAUUCAAGUAUUUUUUUUUUUGAAAGUACAAUUCAAGUAUGAUAUGGGAACAAAUGACUAAUUUAGUU